UUAACAUGCGACCGAGAUAACCGGAAUCAACACGCAGCGUGUGUCCUGUCCUGAUUGUCUGGUAUCCCGUAUCCAUCAAUAUUCGUAGGUACAUGCUAUACGUACAUGUACACUCCACACAAUGACCAUACCGAAGAAUUCAGGACAGGUGCUUGGCUUGGAUUCUUGGAAACACAACUGCCCAAAAAUCCUUCACUGAAAAAGAAUGUGCGUCAACCAACUACGUCCGGAAAAGUGACGGUGACUGAAACCGAUUAUGUCCGGAAUAGUGACGGUGAAUGAAACCAUUCACAAUACCCUCUUUGGAGGAAUCACUGGUUACUGACUGCGACUGCUAUGGAUGAUCGCCACAGCUAGGGGAUCAGAACGGCGCGUACUAACUACGCAAAGCACGUACGGUAUGUGCAUGUACACGCACAUGUACAUGCACAUGGAUAUGUAGGCAGGCAAGCACCACGCUUUCGAAAUUCGUUGACCCCAAUCGGGACAAGCGCACACCCCUCAGUUGGCUGCUCAAUAAAUACCGUCACGCUUCCUACAUGCACGUCAUCCCUCAGCUGUCCGUAGUAUCGCGUGGAUGGAUGAUUCUCUCCACUGAUCGUCCCUGACCUCCGUACCGUGUGUCGUAUUUAUCCUUCGCAACUUUUCCAAAGACCGGAUAGUAGUUUUUAAAUUUGUUGAGUUCGUUUGGAAAUGGCCGUCCAUUGGGGAUACAUCGGAGAAAAAGGACCGGCGCACUGGUGUGAUGAUUUCCCUGAUGCUAACGGGAACCGACAAUCACCUAUCGACAUCGUGACGAAAGACGCGAAGGUGGACUCGUCUCUGGGUCCCCUCAACAUCAACUAUAGCUCCGCUAGAAGUACAUGUACUGAGGUCAUCAACAACGGCCACACAUUUCAAGUGAACGCCCAAUCUAGCGAUACCAACUUGAGCGGAGGACCACUGUCGCACAACUACCGGCUGGCACAGUUUCAUUGUCAUUGGGGUAGCAAUGACGGACAAGGCUCGGAACACACAGUGGACGGGAGACCCUAUGAUGCCGAGCUCCACCUGGUCCAUUGGAACACUGACCUCUUCCAGUCGGUAGGGGACGCCCUACCAAAGGACAAGGGUCUGGCCGUGCUGACGGCAUUCCUCAAGGUCGGCCAGGAGAAUACCGGCUGGUCCAAGUUGGUGGCGCUCUUAAACCACAUCAAGUGCAAAGACGAUAAAUGCUGCAUUGAAGAGGGUUUUGAUCCUUCAGUUCUGCUUCCAGAAAAUAAGAAGGACUACUGGACGUAUGAGGGUUCGUUGACGACACCGCCAUGCCAUGAGAGUGUACGGUUCAUCAUUUUCCGGGAACCCGUCGAGAUAUCGCCGCACCAGAUUGCGUCACUACGAGAUCUCUUGUCUCACAAACAAAACGAACAGCCCGCGUGUGGUUGCCAGGAGCAUCUCAGCGACAACUACCGUCCCACUAUGCCGCUCAACGGCCGCGUGGUUACCGCAUCAUUCCAAGAACAGUAACGGCCUCGGAGAAGUCGCUCAUUUGGAAGUCCAACGUCGAGUGUUAAUGAACAAUGAGGGACUAGAAACUCGCUCUAUAAGUAUGAAAUAUCCCCAGAACACUGCACCUGACGCGUAAAAUUCGUUGAUAGUUUUCAUACAAAAAAUGGUUAUUGCUGCUUAAAGAAUUAGAAUUUCACAGAUAAUGUAGAAUUGAGUUCGGUAAAUUAAAAAAAAAAUACUUCCAAAAUUGUGUUGGUUCUUUACUAGCUUCGAUUUUUUUUAUCUAGUUCUACACUUGAUGAAACUAAUGGUUAUUUCAAAGGGCGAUAGUUGUUUCAUUAAUUUUGCAGUUUCAGAGCUCAAUGAGUUUCAGAGAACACAACUUCAGUUAAACUUGUCCUAUUCAUUUUGUACGAGGUGCAUAUGUUAUUUAUUUCGGUAACCACCGUGAAGUCUUUCAGGAAAGGUGGAAUAUAAGAGAGGUUUUCAGGUAACACAACAGAACUCUGUUUCCUCAUCCUGUUAGCCUUUCCAAUGAUGUCAUUGUGUUAAAGGGUGUUAGGUGUUAAGUGUGGCAUUUCGAUUGCUGUGGAAAAUCCCAUCGGACGAAA